UUGAGUGCAGGACGUUGCUGGAGAGAGUGAGGGUCCCGCGUGGGAGUGAUGGAGCAACUGGGAGAGCCAGGGCUCACGCGUCAGUGCUCAGGGACAGGGCAGAGUCCCCAGCUGCUGGAUCUGGAGUGUCUGCCAGUGCUGGUGAAGAGGCGAUGCGGGGCUGUACGAUCCUCCGUGCGGAAGCAGAGGGGACCAUUGGGGAGCAGAAGGAAGAUCAGCCAUACACAAGUGAAGGGGAAAGGCCAGCUGAAGCUGUCCAUCGAGGUGCGGGGCCAGAUCCUGGUGCUGCACAUCAUAGAAGCAAAAGGUCUGAUGGGAAAGGAGUACCGGACUUGUGACUCCUACGUGAAGAUGUCGAUUGUGCCAGAUGCUGACUGGAAAUGCAGGCAAAAGACGAAGACUGUGCCAGACAGCAAAAAUCCUGUUUUCCACGAGCAGUUUCUUUUCCUGGUGCAAGAGGAGCAUGAACAGAAACGUCUCCUGGUCACAGUCUGGAACCGAGACAGAAAUUCCAGACAGAGCGAACUGAUCGGCUGCAUGAGCUUUGGUGUCAAGUCCCUCCUGUCCCUGAACAAGGAGAUCAGCGGCUGGUACUAUCUCCUCGGGGAGGACCUGGGCAGGACCAAGCACCUGAAGGUGGCCAUGCGGCGGCUGAAGCAGAGCAGAGAGCCAAUGCUGGGAAGUCAGAGUACAGCACAGGAGAGCCAGGAUGCUGUGACCAUGAAGCGGGUGAAGAUUACGAUCCCUCGAGGAAGUGAUGGGUUUGGCUUCACAAUCUGCUGUGACUCUCCAGUCCGUGUGCAGGCAGUGGACUCUGGUGGCCCGGCAGAAAAGGCUGGUCUGCAGCAGCUUGACACGGUGCUGCAGCUGAACGAGCAGCCUGUGGAGCACUGGAAAUGUGUGGAGCUGGCACACGAAAUCCGGAACUGUCCCACUGAGAUCAUACUGCUGGUCUGGAGGCUCGUCCCACAAGUCAAGCCAGGACACGAGGGCAUGAUCCGCAGGUCAUCCUGCAAGUCUGCCUAUGACCUCCAGUCACCGCCCAACAAACGGGAAAAGAACAGCACCAUGCCUCCACGGCCUGAGCAGCGCCGGAGCUGCCACAUACUGUAUGACGGGACUGAUGGGCUGGUGCUGAACAGCUGGGAGAGGUACACGGAGAUCGGCAAGCAGAGCCAGAACACCAUGCCUCCCCUGUCCCGGGUCCCCUCCACGGCAGACCAGAACUACAUCAUCUUGGCGCCUUUGAACCCGGGGAGCCAGCUGCUGAGGCCUGUCUAUCAAGAGAACAACACUACUGCGGGAAAUGCAAGUAAAGGGAAAUUGCACAUGGGGUCUGGGAGAAAAUCCAGGCUGAUGAAGACUGUGCAGACGAUGAAAAGCUAUGGGAACUACCAGAACUAUACCAUAGUGAGGCCACACGUCCCACACUCCAGCUAUGGCACGUAUGUGACGCUGGCUCCCAAAGUGCUGGUGUUCCCUGUCUUCGUGCAGGAGCUUGCAGUGUGCCCAGCCCGAACUCUGCUUCUGUCAGAGGAGCUGCUUCUUCAUGAGAGCAGAAGCAGGACUAUACAGGUGACCCUCUUUGUCUACUCUGACCUGCUGCUCUUUACCAAGGAGGAUGAGCCGGGGCGCUGCAAUGUGCUGAGGAACCCUCUCUACCUGCAGAGUGUCAAGCUCCAGGAGGGUUCAGAAGAUCGGAAAUUCUGCAUCCUUUACCUUGCAGAGAAGUCGGAGUGCUUAUUAAGUUUGGAGGCUUACUCCCAGGAGCAGAAGAAGAGGAUCUGCUGGUGUCUGGCUGAGAACAUCACCAAGCAGCAACAUCCGGCAUCAGCUCCUACAGAGAACAAGAUGCUGGAGACGGACGCUGAGAAGCUGGGGCAGAUGCACUCAGAGGACAAGAAGGCAGCAGUGGAUGAUGCUCCUCCAGCCACAGAGGCACCAGCUCUGGCUGAGCCCUGGGAGGCUCUGGGAGCCACCCAGGGUCCUCUCCUGUCAGAAAAGCAGCCGGUGGCCCCUGAGAAGAGAGAGGAGCAGCCCAGCUCCCUGCCAGCCUUUGUCAUCCCCGAGCUGCGGCUCGACAGCACUUUCAGCCAGAGCGCGGCAGGUGUGGCAGCUGGCACCACGGAUGGCGAGGAUGAGGAGGAGGAGGAGGAGGAAGAGGAAGAUGAGGAAGAGGAGGAGGAGGAGGAGGAGGACAGCGAUGAGCAAUACUUGGAGAGGAAUGAGGCGAAGCGCAGCAGCAUGAUUGAGACCUCAGGCUGUCAGCCUGUCUACACGCUGAGCGUGCAGAGCUCCCUGCGGCGCCGGACCCACAGCGAGGGCAGCCUGCUGCAGGAGGCCAAGAGCCACUGCUUCACCUCUGACACCACCCUCAACUGCUCGGACAGCCAGGGCACCAAGGGACACUGGGCCCUGCCCUCCCCCAGGACCCUCAAGAAAGAGCUUGCCAAAAAUGGCGGCUCCAUCCACCAGCUCACCCUGCUGUUUUCGGGCCACAGGAAGCUGAGUGGAGCUGACCCCGAAUGCAGCUGUGAUGAAGGGGAAGAGACCUCUCGCAAGAAACGGAGCAGGAACCUAGCCAAGGACAUGAAGAACCGGCUAGGGAUUUUUCGGCGGCGAAACGAGUCCCCAGGGGCCAACCCCUCCGGCAAGCUGGACAAAGUGCUCAAAUCACUCAAGCCCACUCCUGAGGAAGCUCUCAAGUGGGGGGACUCCCUGGAGAAGCUGCUGUUGCACAAAUAUGGGCUCGCUGCCUUCAGGGCCUUCCUGCGCACCGAGUUCAGCGAGGAGAACCUGGAGUUCUGGCUGGCCUGUGAGGAGUUCAAGAAGAUCAAAUCCCAGUCCAAGAUGGUCUCCAAGGCCAAGAAGAUCUUCGCUGAGUACAUCGCCAUUCAGUCCUGCAAGGAGGUCAACCUGGACUCCUACACACGAGAGCACACCAAGGAGAACCUGCAGAACAUCACCCGCAGCUGCUUCGACCUCGCACAGAAGAGGAUUUAUGGGCUCAUGGAGAAGGACUCGUACCCUCGCUUCCUCCGCUCUGACUUGUACUUAGACAUAAUUAACCAGAAGAAAGGCAGCUCCCCACUGUAGACCCAAGGACUCUCUUGGGGGAGGCUGGGAGCUGUGUGUUUACAUGAAAUCGGGUGGCAGAGGCCUUCCCGGGGGGACGGCGGGAGCGUGCCUUCCUGCUGCCGUUUGUGCCCCCAAGCCAUAUUCCUGCAGCAGACGGGUGUGGGGCAGCUGAAGUCACCGAGCAUGAGGCUGAGGGGACCAACAAGCCAAGCAGUCUGGUACUGCUCCAUCUCCCCAUCUCACCAUAGCUGGUACGACACCUUCGGGGUGACUUCGGCAUGGAUACUAGCCAGGAGGGAAGCUCCCACAAGACUACUGUGAAGCAUGUGCCCGAGCUGCGAGUGUUGCUGGAAGGUGAUGAGUGAUCCCGACUUGGUGAGGAGGAGGAGGAGGCCUUGUGCAGGGCUCUGGCAAGGGGACAACAGCACCGACGUGAACAUCGUCCCUGGAUAAAAGACUUCUGAACUGGACCAGCCCCGUGAUGCUGCUGUGCUUCCCUGUGCCGGUGAUGCCUCCCGGCUCCCCCAAAGCAGCUAUCUUGCAGGAGCCCGGCGCUUCCUUUGCUCGUGGCAGGUCCCCCCGGGAGCAGCGAAAGCCGGGUCCUUCCCCUGCUCUGGAGGUGUGCAAGCCAACCGCCUCUUGCUCCCACCCCUGGUUUAUUUAUUGACCUCCUAUAGCUGGACGCGUUGCUGUGUAAUAGGAAAUCCUUGUUUCCUUUCCUGUUCUGAAAUUACAAGUGCAAUAUUUGUGUGUGUCGCGGCGGAGUUCUCCGGUGGAGUGGAUGCCUUUUUUUUUUUUCCGAGUGCGUACAUUUUCUAAGUUAGCAGGUUUUAUCUGACAAAACACGUUCCCUAGCAGCGGGCCGCUGGGGGAGCCUGGGUGUAUAUAUCAUGCCCUGACGACGGAGGGUUUGGUGAUGGAGAAAAGCAGCUCUGUGAAUCAGAUGCUCUCCUUACUCUGGAUAACAAUAUUGUGUUUUGAGAAGCGGGGGUUGUUGCUGAACCUGGCAGAGCUGGACGGACUGCCUGCCUCCAAGUGCCCAGUUUACAGUGCGAAGCAUCUCUGCAGCUAGCAAAAAUACCUUGUCAUGGUCAUAGGUAAAUAAAAGGAGAA